AUGCAUCGAGACCGCGAGGAGGUGGAAGGCGGCUGCGAGCAGGUGAAGGGGCCCGGUGCCGCCAGCCGUUCGGCACAGCCCGGCCAACAGCUGCCUUUGCCCGGCACGGCGGGGGCUCGGCGGCAGCUGGGCCGUGUCCCGCCGGGCGCUGAGGGAGCGCAGCGGCCGCCGCCAGCCCCGGCGGCACCGACCGGCCCGGCCGCAUCCCCGCAGCGCGGGCUGGCGCCGAAGCGAGCCGCCGGCCCCGCCAGGCCCGCCCCCAAGCGCCGCAAGCCGGGCGGCUCCUCCUCUCCGCAGGGCGGGGGAUCCGGCGACCGCCCGCCGCCUUUUCCUCCUCUUUCUUCGGCGGUUGCGGUGCGGGCGGCUGCGGGAGCUCCGGCGAGCGCGAUGGCUGCCAACUGCGAGCGCACCUUCAUCGCCAUCAAGCCCGAUGGGGUCCAGCGGGGGCUGGUGGGAGAGAUCAUCAAGCGGUUCGAGCAGAAGGGCUUCCGGCUGGUGGCCAUGAAGUUCGUGCACGCCUCUGAAGACCUUCUCAAACAACAUUACAUUGACCUGAAAGACCGACCGUUCUACCCUGGUUUGGUUAAAUACAUGAACUCUGGACCUGUUGUGGCCAUGGUAUGGGAAGGACUCAACGUGGUUAAAACUGGGAGAGUGAUGCUAGGGGAAACAAACCCUGCAGACUCUAAGCCUGGUACUAUCCGUGGUGACUUCUGCAUUCAAGUAGGAAGAAACAUCAUUCAUGGCAGUGACUCCGUGGAGAGUGCGCAGAAGGAGAUCAACCUGUGGUUCAAACCUGCAGAGCUCAUUGACUUCAAGUCUUGUGCACAUGAUUGGAUCUAUGAGUGAAAUGAGUUUUCCCAAUGAAUUGUGCCUUCUUAACACAUCAUCUCAUUCCAGCUAUUGACCUGGGAGCAAUUAUCACCACGGUUAUCUUAGUCAUUUUUCAGCAGUGUCAAAUAAAUGGAUGAUAUGAACUAAA